AUUGGAGUGCAACUAUUGUUAUAAAUAGGGACGAAGGAGGCUGCUGCUUGCUGAGUGUACAUGUUUUCAAGAAUUUCGUCAUAGAUCUGUACAGAGAAAGCUCCAUAAGGGGUCAUGAGAGAAAUGUCAGCUAGUAACUUUGCAUUGGGGCGGCAGCAGCCUCAAAAACAUUAUGGAAUCACUUCUUCAAUCAGUCUGGCUUUUCCCAGAGAGAUUGAUUACAUUUACACACAAAAACUGAUUGAAGCCAUGAAGCCUUUUGGGGUGUUUGAGGAGGAGGAAGAGCUUAAUCACAGAUUGGUUGUUUUAGGCAAGUUGAAUUCUCUGGUUAAGGAGUGGAUUGCUGAAAUAAGUGAAAAUAAAAAUCUUCCGCCUUCAGUAAUUGCAAGUGUUGGUGGAAAAAUUUUUACUUUUGGAUCAUACAGACUAGGAGUACACACCAAAGGGGCUGAUAUUGAUGCCCUGUGCGUUGCUCCUCGCCAUGUGGAGAGGGUAGAUUUCUUUCAGUCAUUCUUUGAGAAACUAAAACAACAUGAAGAAAUCAAAGAUUUACGGGCUGUAGAAGAUGCAUUUGUACCAGUUAUUAAGUUUAAGUUCGAUGGGAUUGAGAUCGAUCUUUUGUUUGCAAGGCUAGCUUUGCAAUCCAUUCCAGACAAUCUUGACCUUAGAGGAGACUCCCACUUGAGAAAUCUUGAUAUAAGAUGCAUUCGUAGCUUAAAUGGUUGCAGAGUCACAGAUGAAAUUCUAUAUCUGGUACCAAACAAAGAGAAUUUCAGGUUGACCCUGAGAGCCAUCAAGCUAUGGGCAAAGCGCCGUGGAAUUUACUCCAAUAUGCUAGGGUUUCUUGGUGGAGUCUCCUGGGCAAUGUUGGUAGCAAGAACAUGCCAGUUGUAUCCAAACGCAGUGGCAGCAACUCUGGUGCACAAGUUCUUCUUGGUCUUUUCAAAAUGGGAAUGGCCCAAUCCAGUGCUCUUGAAACAGCCUGAAGAGAGCAACCUAAAUUUGCCAGUCUGGGAUCCACGGGUUAAUCCCUCUGACAGAUACCACCUGAUGCCGAUCAUAACGCCCGCCUAUCCACAGCAGAAUUCAACAUACAAUGUGUCCACUUCCACUCGGACAAUAAUGAGCGAAGAGUUUAAAAAUGGUCUCAGCAUAACUGAUGAAAUACUCCAGGGUAAAGCUGAAUGGUCAAAGCUUUUUGAACCACCUGCCUUCUUCCAAAAGUACAAACAUUAUAUUGUCUUGACAGCCAGUGCAUCAACAGAAGAGAACCACUUGGAGUGGAUUGGUCUUGUUGAAUCCAAGAUCCGAGUUCUUGUCGGAAACUUGGAGCGCAACGAGUACAUCACACUUGCACAUGUAAAUCCACAGUCUUUUCCUGGGUCCAAGGAGAGUCAUAAUGAAAAUGACUUUGUCUCAAUGUGGUUCAUUGGUAUCAUCUUUAAAAAAGUUGAAAAUGCAGAAAGUGUAAACAUUGACCUGACGUAUGAUAUCCAAGCAUUCACUGAUACUGUAUACAGGCAAGCAAAUAACAUCAACAUGUUGAAGGAUGGUAUGAAGAUUGAAGCAACCCAUGUGAAAAAGAAGCAGCUUCAUCAGUAUCUGCCUCCAGAGGUUCUGCAGAAGAAGAAAAAGAGCAUAGCCGAAAUUAAUCGUGCCUCAGAUGGAGGAGGAUCAAAACGUUUGUCGUUGGAUGGAAACCCAUUAGACAGCUCCAGAGAUACUGAUUCUGGGACACCUUUUAGCUCUCCUACCCCUGCAAGCAACCCUCCUAAACCAGCUAAUACAGAGAACAAUAUUACACCAAACAAAACUGUUCCUGCCUCAAACAGCAAUACAUCAAACAAAGCUUCAACUUCCUUGUUUAUGGAUGGUUUGCCAGCCAUUGAUGUUUCUCCAAAGCCUGAACAAGGAAUGUGCAUUCCUGUCAUAGGAUCAAAACCUGCGCUGAUUCCUGCCGGUAGUACCAUCCCUACAGUUGUAGGCAGGAACGUUAUUCCUCGAUUGUCACCAAACAGCCAACCUCCCCAUCAGCUGCCUAAUGGAGUUGCAAAUGUAACCAUUAAUGGUAGUGCCCCCAAAAGACCACACUCUCCUUCCCUGGAGGAAUCGCCAAAGCGCCUCAAAGACACAGAAAAGCUUAUGUUCUCUGAUGAUUGUGCAUUUAAAGAACCUUUCACAUCUGCAAGCGAUGGGCAAGAUCAAGUUGAUGGUCAGGUAAGGGAGAGACUUAGUGGAGUUAAGCCUAUGCCAAUUCCAACCAUUGACACUUCAAGAUCCCAGAGACUGUCCAGUAAGGAGUUACCAGAUGCAUCAUCACCCUUGCCUACCAGUAAUCUACGUGUUGUAAAAAACUCCAUCAGGCUGACCCUAAACCGAUAACAUCACUAUCUCUCUCCAGGUAAUUCAUUUUGUAUAUUGAUAUUACAUCUGUUUACUUUUAAAAUGCUCUUUUGGCUACCCCCUAUUGCCCAAAAAUGUUUUGGAUCUGCGAUUGCCUACAGUAAAUGUUCUUGUUGAUCAAGAGGUGUUUUCUGCCUGCGGACAUUUGCAGUCGUUUCCUGGUAAUCCGAAAUCUACUGAAUCAAGACCACUGGAGAAACUUUUUUUUAAUUGCCUUAAUGUUAAAUUGCAUACUUGUAGAUAUGUAUAUAAUUUUGAAAUUACUGUAAAUCUUUUUUGAAAUGCCUAAACUGUAGUUUUUAAUAAUGGAAAAAAAUGUAAAAAAAAAUACUGUAUUGUUUUGUUGUGUAUAAGAUUUGCAGCUGUUACUGUUAGAAUCAGUCCUGGCAAAUUUUCAGAAAUCUGUUUGAUUGUUUCUGCUCCUCUAAUCAAUGCAGAUUUACAAGCGGUUACUUAGUGUCAUUACCAUCUGGAAUACACUAGGUCAGACUUACUCAAAUGGAUCAUGCCUUGCUGCCUAGAUGGAUCAGCUGAUUUUUUUAAGGAUGCAUGCCUCCUAUGGAGGCUCUAUAGAAAUACAUAUUUCUUUUGGAAAACAUUUUUGGAAGUAGUCAUAACUUGACCUUGUAGAAUGGUAUGACUAGCUCCAUAUCUGCUGAGGUUAGAUGUACAGAAACAGUUUAAAUGUAUUCAUUCUUGGGGUUCUUAUUUCUAUCCACCUUCAUACUGUGUAUUUUUUUUUAUGUAAUGGAUUUAGUUUUUCUCAUGACCAUCUAACUGUCAAAGCCUAUGCAGACUUUGGUUAUCACUCCUCUUAAAAUGCAAAGUGAUAAGUGUAAUCCACUUGGUUUGUUUUUUUUUUGUAGGACAAGUUGUAUCUGAAAGGGUAUUUUUGUAAGUAGUGUUUGAAAUUGCCAUAUUUGAAAUAAGAACAAAAAUCCAUAAAAACCCCA